CUGUUACUUCACUGAGCGGCCGUUGAGUUUCUAUCGUUCGUCUUCCACAGGAGCCAUGCUGAUAAACGACGCUGAGCUGAGGAUGGUGAUGGUCGGGAAGACCGGGAUUGGGAAGAGCGCCACCGGAAACACCAUUCUGGGUCGAGACUGCUUCCAGUCCAGGUGCAGCCCCAGGUCUUUGACGGAGGAGUGUGAGAAAGGUCGGACUGAGAUAAAUGGACAAAAGGUGGUCGUCAUCGACACUCCGGGUCUACUUGACACCAGGUUUGGUGAGGAGAAAACAACCAAAGAUCUGGGCCAGUGCAUCAACUACGCUGCUCCUGGACCACACAUCUUCCUGGUGGUCAUCUCACUGAGCAGGUUCACUGCAGAGGAGAAGCAGACGGUGCAGAAGAUUCAAGAAGUCUUCGGUGAGGCUGCAAACAGAUACAGCAUGGUCCUCUUUACUCACGGAGACAACCUGGAAGGCACCACUAUUGAAAGGUUCUUGUCUGAAAGUCCAGACCUGCAGGAGCUCGUGGUCAGAUGCAACGGUCAGUACCACUUGUUCAACAACAGGCUGAAGGGUGACAACUCUCAGGUCAUCCAGCUCCUGCAGAAGAUCAGAGACAUUGUCCAGAAGAACGGGGGAAGCCACUACACCAACGAGAUGUUCCAGGAGGCUGAGAGGCUGAUAGAAGAGGAGAAACAGCGCAUCCUGAAGGAGAAGGAGGAGAAGAUACGCAAAGAGAAGGAAGCACUGGAGCGAAAGAUCCAGGAGAAGUAUGAAAAGGAAAUUCAGAAGAUGAAUCAAAUGCUUCAGGCCGAGAGAGAGAGGGAGAAGAGGGAGAGAGAGGAGGAGAGGAAGAAGGAGAGGGAGGAGAUGGGUGAGGAGAAGAGGAGGGAGUGGGAGAGGAUGAAGGAGGAGAGACAGAGAGAAAGAGAGGAGCGAAAGAAGGAGAUGGAAGCCAUGGUGUAUGAAUUAAAGGCGGAUCAAGAAAAAGAAAUUAGGAAACAAAAAGAGCAGCUGGAGACCGAGUACGUAGAGAAAGCUCGAGCUAAAGCCGAGAAAACGGGGAUUCUGGGGAGGAUCGGGAAGUUUUUUCAUCGUAUCGGAGACGCAGCAGUGGAGCUGUUUACAUGA